GCCCGCUGGAGCCUAGAUGUUGACAUGUAACAGAGCCGGCAGCAGGAUGGUGGUUGACGCAGCCAAUUCCAAUGGGCCGUUCCAGCCCGUGGCCCUUUUGCAUAUCAGAGAUGUUCCUCCUGCUGAUCAAGAAAAGCUUUUUAUCCAGAAGUUACGACAAUGUUGUGUACUUUUUGACUUUGUUUCUGAUCCACUAAGUGACCUAAAGUGGAAGGAAGUAAAACGAGCAGCUUUAAGUGAAAUGGUAGAAUAUAUCACACACAAUCGCAAUGUGAUUACAGAACCUAUUUACCCUGAAGUAGUACAUAUGUUUGCAGUUAAUAUGUUUCGAACAUUACCACCAUCUUCCAAUCCAACGGGAGCAGAAUUUGAUCCAGAGGAAGAUGAACCAACCUUAGAAGCUGCAUGGCCUCAUCUACAGCUUGUUUAUGAAUUUUUCUUAAGGUUUUUAGAAUCUCCAGAUUUCCAACCUAAUAUAGCUAAGAAAUAUAUUGAUCAGAAGUUUGUAUUACAGCUUUUAGAGCUCUUUGACAGUGAAGAUCCUCGUGAAAGAGAUUUUCUUAAAACAACUCUUCACAGAAUAUAUGGGAAAUUCUUAGGCCUAAGAGCUUACAUCCGGAAACAAAUUAAUAAUAUAUUUUAUAGGUUUAUUUAUGAAACAGAACAUCACAAUGGCAUAGCAGAAUUACUGGAAAUACUGGGAAGCAUAAUUAAUGGAUUUGCCUUACCAUUAAAAGAAGAGCACAAAAUAUUCCUAUUGAAGGUUUUGUUACCAUUGCACAAAGUGAAAUCACUCAGUGUCUACCACCCACAGCUGGCAUACUGUGUAGUUCAAUUCUUAGAAAAGGACAGCACGCUUACAGAACCAGUAAGUUUAUCUUGCUAUUAUUUUAUAUUUUUGAAUAUUAAUAUCCCUUUCAUCUGUCAACUGUUUAAGGAGGUUUUGGGAAUAAA